CUACAGUUCCUAGCUAAAAUGGCUUCCAGAGUGGUUCUACUUGUCUGUGCCCUGGUUCAGCUCUCAACGGCUGCGGUCGAAGUACCUGGCAGAUUGGUGAAAAGUUCGUCGGCCGUAUCGUUUUCGUCAUUUGCCGCAGCAACGGAACCAACCUGCGAUGGAUUCAGCGUUUAUACCGUAUGCAGCGAUUGCAACAACGUACUGGUUUGCCUGGGAUCGACUAACAGCAAGAAGAACUGCACAGCGACGAGCCCAACUACACCCUACUGCGUGAAUGGUGCAUGUUCUGCAUCGUACGAUAGUGCUGGAGAAUGUACGCCUUCUGGAGUAACCUGUACUGGAGUUGGAUUCUUCCCGGAUCCCAAAGUUUGCCAGAACUACCACUACUGCGAAGCCGUUGGUGAGGAAUCUUCCGUAUACGAAUGUCCACCAAAUUACGUGUACAACGCGGAAACCACUCUCUGCAAGCAGAAGGUCUACGCUACGGACUGCGUAACGGUAAAGUGUGACGAGAGCAAGGUGUUCGUCGCCUAUGGCACCAGUAAGAAGUACUACGCCUUCUGUCAGUUCGCGAAUAGCGUGGCAACGAGCAUUCAAGUGCUGAUGUGUCCCGAUGGCUACAGCUUUGAUGGAAGCAACUGCGUGUUCAAGUGUCCGGGAGCGGGUAACUAUGGACACAUGGAUCCGAAAAAGUAUUUCCAGUGCUAUUACUCCGGAUCACAGCUGAUCUACACGAUCCAGAGUUGUCCCAGUGGAAAGAACUACGACAAGGAUUUACGAGUCUGUACCACUCCGAAGACGACGACCACUUUAAAGCCGACGACCACUGCACAGCCCAACGUGUAAUACAGUAAUAGUGCAUGAAUUCUUUAAGUAAAAUAAAAUUUUUGUAUUGACAUUUACUUUUAU